AUGCAGUUUGUACGCAAGGCCGAAGAGGCCCUGACUGGCAAAAAGGACGAGUCGCACGAGUCGACCAAGUCCUCCAACCAUGGACCUCACAAGUCAAACUUGGCUAACAAGCUCGACCCCCGUGUCGACAGUGAUAAAGACAACCGUGCUGCCCACACCCAUGCGACAGGCGCCGGUCUUGGAUCUACUCAUGGUACAACCGGUACUCACAGCUCUACUCUGGGCUCUGGUACUACCCACGGCACAUCCGGCGUGACUGGCACCGGUGCUGGUCUUGGAUCUACUCACGGCACCACUGGCAGCACCAAUGCCGGCCCCCACAACUCCAACAUCGCCAACAAGGUCGAUCCCCGCGUCGACUCUGACCGCGAUAACCGUGCUCGCCACGAGGGUCUCGCCGGUACUGGCACUACACAUGGCACCUCAGGUGUGACCGGCACUGGUGCCGGUCUUGGAUCUACCCAUGGCACAACUGGCACUCACAGCUCUGCUCUGGGCUCUGGAACCACCCACGGCACCACUAGCAGCACUAACACAGGUCCUCACGGUUCCAGCAUUGCCAACAAGAUUGAUCCCCGCGUCGACUCUGACCGCGAUAACCGUGCUCACCACGAUGAUCUCACUGGUGCCGGCCUUGGAUCUACUCAUGGUACAGCCGGUACUCACAGCUCUACUCUGGGCUCUGGUACUACCCACGGCACAUCCGACGUGACUGGCACCGGUGCUGGUCUUGGAUCUACUCACGGCACCACUGGUAGCACCAAUGCCGGCCCCCAUAGCUCCAACAUCGCCAACAAGGUCGAUCCCCGCGUCGACUCUGACCGCGAUAACCGUGCUCAUCAUGGUGGUCUCUCUGGCGCUGGUGCCGGUGCCGGUGCUGGUCUUGGGUCUACUCAUCACACCACCGCUACGGGCACUCACGGCUCAGCCCUGGGCUCUGGAACUGGCGCUACCCACAACACUAUCCGCGAACAGCCUGUGUACACUACCGGCGGUCCCAUUGCUACGCCCGGCAGCAGCAGCACAAAUGCUGGACCCCACAGUUCCAACAUCGCCAACAAGUUGGACCCCCGCGUUGACUCGGACCGUGAUAGUAGUGCUCAGCAUCAGUCUACUAUCGCUGGUACUGGUGCUGGUACUACUACCCACGGCACCCACACUCGUGGCGCUACUGGUAUUCCCACUAGCUCGGCGCUUGGUGGCUCUGGUCUUGAUACUGCUGGUCGUCAGAAUGCUGUUGCUGGUAGCAGUUAUAAUACCCCUGCCACUGGAACUACUGGUACCACUGGUACCACCGCUCCCCAUGGUUCAAGCAUUGCCAACAAGCUUGAUCCCCGUGUCGACUCGGAGGUCACCCGUGCUGAGAAUGAGGGUCUGCACCGUCAGAUCUAG